CCCUGUCCUCCCCAACCCCGUCCCUGGGUGCGCGUCCUCGCGUCGAGAGCCCAGAACCCAUGGAAGGGCUGGUGGCAGGCGCUGCUUUCCGGACCCAGCUGCCCCACUUACCAGGGCGGUGAAGGGACACUUUGGGGAUUUGCCGUCGCCUCGUUGCUGCCUCCGUCCCCAGGCAGGUGGGAUUGGCGGCGCUGGCAGAUCCACCUCUAGCGGCAAACAGGAACCCAGGAGUCCGGCACAGAUCCCCUGCGCCAAGGGAGCUUGAAGGCAGCUGUCACCAGAGGAUCCGGGCAGCGUGAUGGGGCCCCCCAGCCUGGCAUAAACCCGGCCCCUCCGAUGCAGCCGAGGGAGAGGUGGCGCCACAGACACGCCCUGGAGCUGCACUGGGCCCUGUGCUGGCUCGGGUCUCUCCUCGGCUCGCCAGAGAAGCCGGGGUCGAAGCAGAGGUCGUGUUUGCUCCUGCUGCCUGGGACAAAGUCCCCCCCGAGGCGCCAGGCCAGACCUCCCUCUCCACCUGCCAUGACCUCCUAACCACAGCCGGCGGCCUCCCUGGGCCACAGCAUGGAUGUGAAGGAGUUCCUAGCCAAAGCCAAAGAAGACUUCCUGAAGAAAUGGGAGAACCCCUCCCAGAACACGGCCAGUUUGGAUCAGUUUGAUCGAAUCAAGACCCUGGGCACGGGCUCAUUUGGGAGGGUGAUGCUGGUGAAACAUAAAGAGACCGGGAAUCACUAUGCCAUGAAGAUCCUGGAUAAACAGAAGGUAGUGAAGCUGAAACAAAUUGAGCACACCCUGAAUGAGAAACGGAUCCUCCAGGCCGUCAACUUUCCAUUCCUCGUCAAACUAGAGUAUUCUUUCAAGGAUAACUCCAAUCUGUACAUGGUGAUGGAAUACAUCCCGGGCGGGGAGAUGUUCUCCCACCUACGGCGGAUCGGGAGGUUCAGUGAACCUCACGCCCGGUUCUAUGCUGCUCAGAUCGUCCUCACCUUUGAGUAUCUGCACUCGCUGGAUCUCAUCUACCGAGACCUGAAGCCAGAGAAUCUCUUGAUAGAUCAGCAGGGCUACAUAGAGGUGACGGAUUUUGGUUUUGCCAAGCGGGUGAAAGGCCGAACCUGGACUCUGUGUGGGACCCCAGAAUACCUGGCCCCCGAGAUCAUCCUCAGCAAGGGUUAUAACAAGGCUGUGGACUGGUGGGCCCUGGGCGUCCUCAUCUACGAGAUGGCAGCUGGUUACCCCCCGUUCUUCGCAGACCAGCCCAUUCAGAUCUACGAGAAGAUCGUUUCUGGCAAGGUCCGGUUCCCGUCUCACUUCAGCUCAGACCUGAAGGACCUGCUCCGGAACCUGCUGCAGGUGGACCUCACCAAACGCUUUGGCAACCUCAAGAACGGGGUCAACGACAUUAAGAACCACAAGUGGUUUGCUACCACCGACUGGAUCGCCGUCUACCAGAGGAAGGUGGAAGCUCCCUUUAUACCAAAGUGCAAAGGCCCUGGCGACACGAGUAACUUCGACGACUAUGAGGAGGAGGAGAUCCGGGUCUCGAUCACUGAGAAGUGCGCCAAGGAGUUUGCUGAGUUCUAGGGCCAGCAGCCGCCCCACCGGGAGGGCGCGUGCAGAGCAGGUGGGGGCGGGGUUGGAUUUGAUCAGCAGAAAGACCAGAGUUCCUUGCCUGUGUGUUUUAUUUUUGUGGGCGGGGGGGUAGGGAUUUGCCUGGAUCUGGUUUGGGGGGGGGAGCAGAAGACCCCUUAUUCUAAACCUGUACUAAGUAAACGAUAGUAGAGAAGGGCAGGAGUCUAAAUUCUCCCAUGCGCACCCCUGAUCCCCCCCCACUUGCACAUGCUUCCCCCCCCGCCAUCACAAGCCUGCAGCCCCACCCCAGCAGCUCUCCUCAUCCCCCCCUCACCUGGGGUUUAAACAGAUUUCCCCACACACACACACUCAGCUCCCACUGGUUACUUUCCACCCCCUCACUGAUCCGGUUACCCCCACACUGCCUCUCAGUCCACACGUGCGGCACCCCCACAAUCCUGGCCGGCUUUAGUGGUGGCUUUUAGUUUUUGAAGGAGGGGGCGUGGGGCGUAUUUUGCCAUCAAAUUCCCCCCAGAUCUUCAUGGCUAUUUGCAAAGGCUUCUGGGAGCAGGGUAUGGAGCAAAGAUGCCCCAAUACCCACUGACAUGACAGAUCAAUAUCCUGGCAUCCAGAAUAGCUUUGAAUCCCCCCAGCCUCCCCCAGGGGGAGACAAAAUCCCCCCCGCCACUCUGGAAAGAGGAAGGAGGGAAAUCUUGUCUCAUUUUAUAAACUUGGAGGUGGGGCUCCUUUUUUUUUUUAAUUAAAAAUAAAUAAGUAAAAUAAACUUUAUUUUCCGUUAGGGAACGCGGAGGGGGAGGGGUAAGAGGUUUUAAAGAUCCAGGCGUGGGGCUGGGCUGGGCUAAUUUACCCUAGAUCAGCCCCUGCCAUCCCCAGUGACACCUCCCUUCCCCUCCCCCCCCACGGUGCCAGGAAUUUUAACUCUCCAAGCUUUGAAUGUGUCCAGGUUUUAGCAAGGAAAAAGCCGUUUUUUUCAGGUAGAAACUGACAGUAUUUCCCCACCCCCGCAGCUCUCUGCGGGGUGUCUGGUUUGGGGGUAUCUUACACUGGCGGGGGGAGAUCUGGGGGUCGGUUACGGGCUGGAAUGGAGGUGCUGGGAGAGGGAAUGUCCCCAGUGGGUUCUGGAUUUUUAGCUCCCUUUGGAAAUAAAAUGCUGCCUUUCGAAUCUGGGCUAUGAAUGUGAGCAGCCCCCCCACCCCUUCUUUGGCCUGUCCUCUUGUGUGUCGGGGCGGGGGUUGCAGGUAGGCUCUGGUUCUGGGGCACUUUGGUUAUUUUCCCCCAGGUCAGUGGGGGCUUAUACACUCUUCUCCCUCCCCCCGUAGGCCAAAUGGUGCCCUGCAGAAAUAGCCUUAAAGAAUUUUCUGGUGGGGGGGGGGGAAGGGUUCCCCUUACCCACAAUCCUCCUGGGGCUCCAUUCUGCACCUCUGAUUUUAUGCUCUUGAUUUACAUUUUAAGAUGACAAGGCAGGAGGAGAAACCAGAAAGUGGGGGAGGGCGGGCAGGAACACAGGAUCCCAACUAGGCCCUGAUCUCCCCCCUCCCCACACUCCUAACGGCCCCCCCAGGGAGCGACCCCAUUAGAUCUGUGGUCAGGUUGGAGGGGCGUUAAAGCAUGAUUAGCCCCUCCAAUGAGAGAUCAGCUGGGGUGGGGGCUGAUACCUAGCCAUGAUCCUGCUUUAUUGAAGGGGGAAGGUGCGUGGGGGGGGGGCUCUUGUUCUAUUCAUUUACUCUUCCUCCUGUCUGAUUCUUAACAUAUCCUCCCCACCCCCAGUGCAGUGCAUCCGUGUGGUGCUCCUGUUCUAAGCCCCGCAGCCUGUCUCCCACUGUGUGUAUUCACCAGCCGGUUGAAUUUCCUGUUUCUCUCGGGGGCGGAGGUGUGUGAGCUUCUUUUGGUUUCAUAGAUAAAUUAUAUAUAUUAUAAAUACAUGAGCGCUGUCCGGAGCGGAGAGGGGGAGCCCUGUGGCUAGGCCUCCCCGCAAAUCCCCCUUUUCCAUAAAGAAGCGAGAGUCCCA